GCAUACGCUCUGUAGUGACCUUUUCAAAGUGACUGAUGAAAUUGGCGCAUUAAACCGGGAUGUGGAAGAUCUUCUAUAAGUUAUGCUUUGCUGUAAUUCCUAUCUAGCUGAUCAUUGUGACGCAAUCUCACAUUUGUCUGAAGCAGGGCAACGGAUUCUGCAUUCUACCGGACCUCCAAUUUCUUCAACACGUUGCUAACUACUCAUCUACAAGGUCCUGUAGGAAGCAUCAGUAGACCCUGAUCAGCAAGCUGAUUCCUGGCAAUCUGAGGAGCUACAGAUUCUAACAUAUUCUAUGUAGUGACCUUGUCAAAGUGACUGAUGAAAUUGUCUAUCAAACCGAGGUGUGGAAGAUCUUCUAUAAGUUAUGCUUUGCUGCAAUUCCGAUCCAGCUGAUGAUUGUGACGUAAUUAACUGUCUUCUUUUCCAUGUCGCUUUUGGCAUCAUGGCACGAUCGAUAUCUUUCGAAAGGCACUACUAUCACUUGAAAGAUAGGUUAUGUACCUUAGGCAAAAUACAGACCUUACAGAUUAAAUACCAUCAGCGUCCCAGCUGACCCAGAAAAAUCCAGCUUUGAUUGAUAAAUAGCGGCUUCAUAUCCCUAAAACGCAUCCUCCAAGCAGAAUACGAGUCAUUUAGAGAUUUUAUUCAUAGACUGCAAUGCUACUCGGCUCUUUUUGAGCAGUUGCUCAUCUCCAUCCAGUAUUCGUCUUCACUCCCGUCGCAUAUACGAGAGCGUAUGACCUUUCUGCUGAAUCGCAAUAGGGAAGAAUGCAAUUGACGAUUGAAUUCCAAGAAGAUGACCAUGGACAUGUUAUAUGUAGGGUUUUGAACGAAGAUUAAAAGCUGAAUAUAAUGAGUCCAUUUGUUUGUAAGCAUCGCUCUUGUGUAUGAGCAUCAGAAAUCUCUGAGAUUACAAAUAGUGUAAACCACGAUAGAUAUAUCGCAUAUCCUAAAGAAUAAUUAGCAAUCUAAUGGUUUCGGCAGAACGGAAUUUAACCAAAGAAGCCGUAUUCAAUUCAUUCCAACAAAAUAGUUCAUCUCGUCCGGCCCGAUACCUAUAAAUAGCCGCUUUCCUUAGCGAGCAACUGAUACGCCAUGCCAGCGAUCGCGCCUGACCUGACCUUCAGCCAGCGGUCGUCGGACGACGCUUGGGUGAUGCGUUCGCCUCUUAUCGCACAUCCAUUGUGUGCGUAUGUGUGUGAUCCAUUCCGGUCGUCGCUGCACUGGGUGCCGCCUUGAGCGUCGCGAUAAGUGCCCCGAGGCCGCGCGAGCGCAUCCUCUGCUUCUUCUGCUGCGAUCAGUGGGGAUACGCUCUCGGGUUUAAUUGAAUUUAUUCGCCAGAUGGCUUGCAAAACGCGCGACGAAUGGCCAAUUGUGGUACCGGGUUUGCUUUAAGUUGAUAAGCGUCGUGAUCGUUACCCAUCGUGCCAGGCCAGGUCCGGGGAGUGGAUGAUGUGGGUGUGUCGUUAGUCUCGCACUUGCAGAUGGAAUCAAUAUUUGGUACAGCGUGCCGACACUGGCAGAGCCGAAGAUGUAUGCUCCAGUAGCUGAUGAAACCGUUCAUUUCAGGCUGCUGCCUAUGCCAUCUACAAGAGUUUAGCAUCCAGAACCUUAACUUCUAGCGUUGGCUAACACAUCAUCAGCCGGAACUACCCGGAAUGACAACCUCCGACCGUGGGGAGAGCGAGCGAGCGAGCGACACCCCAUCCGUAACGAUAAUUCCCGACCAAUUUCCAUGCCAAGCCGGAAACGAUUGUGUCGAUUGCUGCUGCUGCUGCCUGUAGACCUUGAGCUCAUUUCCCAAGACGCAGUCAGCAUUUUAACCCGAUACAUUCUCACGCGCGGAUAUAAAACGGACCCAGCCCUGCCAACCCACGGCCAGUGGGCAGCGAACGGUGACUAGCGGUGACGAUAUAUCUGCACCAUGCAAACGCUACUCGUAUCGAUUUCCCUGUUUGUGAUGACGCACGGUGCGUACGUGGUGCGGACGUUUGCCGACGCCACCGCGUACCGGGACGAGUGCGUGCAGCAGUACGCCGGGCGGGGCAGCUCGCUGAUCGACUACAUGCGCCAGGUGGCGCUGCACACGGACGACGCGGACAGCCGGUGGUGCAUCGUGCGCUGCAUCCUGCAGAAGGCGGACCUGCUGGACGGCGAGGGCGCCCCGCACGAGGCGAACGUGCACGCCCAGAUGCAGCACAGCAACGCGAUCGUGGAGGACCCGGACGACAUCCGCAGCGAGACGAGCCGGUGUCUGCGCGAGCCGCCCGCGCCCGACAGCGGCGGCGGGUGCCUGCGGGCGUACACGUUCUUCGCCUGCAUCCAGAGCACCGAGUAUGACUUAUUUUGACGACCCGGGUCCCCGGCUGGUCCCAAAACAUGUUUGCUCUAUUGCUACCGCCCAUUUUCGGUGUCGCAUGUAGUUUAGCCUUAAGUGUCUUCAAUAAACACCGUAAGCCCCAAACCCAAAAGAAUGGUGGCGAAAGCGAACGCCGUUGACGCUGCCUGCCUGUUCGAUUAUCGCGCCUUUCGCUGCGGCUUGCGCCGCUGGGGCCGUUUCUAUCAGUGGUCCCCCGGUGCGGGCACCCGGUUUCUCUGUCAACAAGGUUCGUUAUCAGAGCGCGGGGUGCACUUUGGUGCCAGAUCAGCUGAUCACUUCCUGGAAGACCCGAGACGGUUGUGGCACUGGGCGGCGGCCGUGCAGGAGCGGAAGUGGGAUCAGUAAUUGAGUGCCCCUCCCUCCCCAAUCCAAACAAUCAAAUCAAGCCCGACGCGGGACACCCCGGUGGAUAAAGCGUCCCAUCCGACAAGCCGAGAGCGGGUCAACGUACAAGCAUCGAGCUAUCAGGCUAUCAAGUAAAUAAGUGGAGCAAAUCAAUGCU